GUGGACUUCCCCCAACUUGGAGUUUAAUCAGUCACUGGAGCAAUGUGACUGUGGUGUUUGGGAACGUCGCGCAUGAUAAUAACAGAGUGGCCCUCUUUUUCUAUGUUAGGGAUAUUUAUUUUAAGGCGUUUGUUAAGUAUGAAUUACAGGAGUGGAGAGAUGGACUGGCGGUGGACAGUUUUCACACUGUUUUUGAACUUUCAGUUCACUUACGGGUCUCCCUCCUCUUAUGACUUGUUCCAAGGGUCUGCAUACACUGGAGUGGUACACAGACACAGAAACAGGAACUGGUGUGCCUAUGUGGUGCGCAGGAACGUUAGCUGCGCCGUGCAGGGGAGUGUGGAGAGCUUCCAGGAGCCCGUAGUGGCCCCCUGCCCAGCUUACCAGACUGACUGCCAGCAACAAGUGACAUACCAAAAUCGGUUUCGUCCCACGUACAAGAUUGCCUUCAAAACAGUCACAGAGUUGGAGUGGAGAUGCUGUCCUGGUUACCAAGGUCUGGACUGUAAAGACGUAAAACCACCCCUAAACCGACAAACCGUUCAGGGAACACAGCCUUUCCUCCCACCAAAUCCUGGAUAUACAACCAGACACACACAGAGGCCAGAGCGGAGAGAGACAGGGCACCAUGAGACAAGGCAUGGUGGGACAGAUAAGGUGCGUCUUCUGGAAGGUGAAGUUCAGCGUCUGUCUCAGACAGUCCUUGAUCUCCAGUCUGCUUUGACAGGGUUAACGGCCAACCUCCGCACAGAGCUGCAGGAAGACACAAAGAAGAUACUGGUGACACUUCUUAACAACAUGCAUCCGCCAGACAGUGCUACAGUUGUAGGCACAGAGGAGAGCGCGGCAGUGCUGGAUGGUCAUCAGGCUACUAAAGGUGGGAUGGCUGGAGACAACGCUAUAGAAAAAAUAGUGAUCCGGUUGGACGAUAUCAACAAUGAACUGAAAAGCAACGGUGAAGCUCUGGAAGACCUUAAAGGAACCAUGACAAGUCAUGAGGGGCAGAUCCGUGUCCUGAUGGAUGCCUCUCAAUCUCAGACUCCAGCCAUAGCAGAGUUUGAUGUUAUACAGACCUACGUUGAUGGAAAAAUUGAGAAGAUGAAGAAGGAGCUAGACCAGAAUGUGGAGGAACAGAUGGCCAAGCUGCAAAGCUCAUGUAAUGACAAAAUCAAGACCUGUGAAGACAACCGUGAUCAAGGUUUGGCUAGUCUGACCAAGCUGGUAGAUACCAAAGAAGCUGAUCUGAGAAAGGAGAUCCGAGCACUACGUCUGGACAUGGCUGCUGCAGAUGGACCUGUACGAACUCAAAGGCAGACAGAUCCAUUUAAAGUGGAAGAGGAUCGGAGUGACCACAAAGACCUCUGGCGUGAGAUUGACCGUAUUGCAGAGGCUCACCGCAUCCUGAAUGUCCGCAUUGACAACGAGCUAGCGCACCUGUCUGCACCUCAGGAAGACAAUGAUUUCAAUCUAAUGGUGGAAGAGCUGGAAGCACGCAUUAAUAUCACAGAGCAAAAUGCAGAGACUCACUGUUUCUAUAUUGAAGAGAAGCUGACCCGUACGAUUUCCGACAAAGUGGCAGAACUCCGGCAGCUUCUGGAGGAGCGUCUGAGCGGCAUGGACGACCAGUUAACAAACAUGCUGGUGGAAAUGAGCAAUAACUCCUUCCCUGGGAUGUCCAGUGACUCCAUGGAUGCCAUCCGGACAGAAGUCAACAACAAUAAGUUCCUCCUACAAGGCUUGGAUGAUAAGGUAAAUGCUGUUGGAGAGUUGUGCUCUGCAGGAUGUUCAGGCUCAGGAAUUAGUGUAGGUGCAGUGAGUUCAUCACCCACACCUAAAGGUCUAGAAAACAUUUUGAAGGACCUGAGUCGAUAUAGGAAUGACUUGGACGUUCUUCACACAGAUGUCAGGGCCAACACGGACAAGCUCAGGCAACUGGAGGACAUCGUUGGAAGGGAGUCAGUCGCAAAUGAGGGACGUGUCAAGACGAUGGAGGACUUCAAGAAGGGAUUGAUUAAUCUCCAAGAUAAUGUGCUUGGUCUGGCUGGUGCUGUUACCGGGUUAAGUGACUCCAUAAGCAAAUACAACCAGGAUAUGCUCCGAAUAAACUCGACAUGCUGCCAUGCAAAGCAGAAUGGCACUGGGAGUCCAGCAGUACUCAGUAGCCAGGCAGAUGACACCAGGCGUCAGGUGGAGGAGCUGGGCAACAGACUUGAUACGCUCAGUAGGCAGGUGUCAUCUGAACUGAGUCAAUGUAGACAGAAUACACAGGGUGUUUCUGAUGGCAUCUCUGCUGUGAAUGGACGUGUGACCAGACUUGAAAAGGUGUGUGGAAGGCUAGAUGGGGUUUCGGCUAAUAUCAGGGAGCUGAAAGAUGGACUUGACAGACAUGUUGGUGGUCUGCGGGACUGUGUGUACAGGAUGAACGUCACCUGUGGAAACCACGGCGCAGACAUCACUGCACUGCAGAAUUCCUUGCAGAGGUUCCAUGCACAGCUGUCUGCGAUGGCCAAACACGUAUUGAAAGACGUCACCGCCAAAGAGCCAGGAAUGACAUUAAGACCAGAGAGGCCUGCUAUUGUGCCAGAUUUGACUCAGCCCAGUAGCAGAAUCCAACAAAUCCACAUCCCUCUCAUAAUCCCACCGCCGCCAUCCAACCCCAGGCAGCCGUCCAGACCCCGCCAACCAGGCCACCCCACUGUUCCCUUGGUUCCCAAAAGGCCGGUGGUGGAAACGGGUGAGGCAGGACCUCCAGGGUACAGCCGCAGGGUGACUGUGCGGAGAGGGUCUGAAGACUCGUCCAGCAUGCCUGUCAAAGGAUUUGCUGGAGCGCCAGGUUAUCCUCCUCUGCAGCCUGUGUUUUUCAAGCCUAUAUCAACCAGCCACCAAGUUCCCAUAGCAGCAAAGAUACCCUGGAACCCGAUGCAUCACGCUCCAGUUGAAGCUCCAGUUUCAGCCGACAACAGCGCCUUCGCAGAUCCCUUCUCCUUCUCUGCUGGCCUCACACAGCAGCCGCUCUCUGGAGACUUUGGCUUCAUCCGCUUCAACAGAGUUCUAGUCAAUGACGGAGGACACUACAAUCCCCACACAGGGAUCUUCACUGUACCUCUGGAUGGACGAUACCUGAUUUCAGGGCUGCUGACUCCAAAGCAGGGUGACCGCGUGGAGGCCGUCCUGUCCGUGUCUAACCGCAGCAUCCAGAGGCUGCAGAGCUCAGUGGGGCCUGUGGCUGGCCAACACGGGGGCUCGGCUGCUGCGAACUGCGGCUGCGGAGGCUCGGUGUCCUUCAGUCUGAUCGUGCCCCUGAGGAAAGGAGACCGCGUGGGCCUGGUGAGGACCGGAGGCCAGCUGGCCACCACCGGGGCCAGGGAGAUCCUCUCCACCUACGGCGCCAUCUUCCUGUACGCACCACAGGCCAAAAGAUAGCUGGAGCUCAGCUGGGCCAGUAAGAGCAAGGACUAGUUUGUUCCCAGAUAGUUGGACUGGAGGAAUUGAAGAAACCAGUUUUCACUGAUCUGGAAACAGUGCCACUGUGUGAAGAUCCUCCCUUAUAAAUUCAGUUAGGAAGUCCUGACAUUGCAAGUGGUAAGCUAUUUGCCAAAUAUACCUGAAUACAAUAAGCAGGAUUUCUUUCUAAUAUAUUUGAUUAUCGAGUUGCCUUCUUGUACCUAUUGUGGAUGUCUUGUGUAAAUAAGUGUUUAUAAAUUAACAUUAAAAAAAUAAAUAAAUCCCGUAAUUAUUUUAACAAAACCAUCUCAGAUACUCAAUAGACCGUAUGGUCAACAUAUCAGCAGAAUAUGAUAUUGUUGGUAAGACGAUGAACCAUGAUAAAUCAAAGUAUAAGCUCAUUUCAUCUUACUCUGUAAUGUGUACUGUAGAAGGAGAGAAUGAUGAUUAAUAAACACAUGUGAAGAGACUGAUGUGGAAAAAGCAUGAAGGUUUAGCAUUGCAAUAAGGUUUUAUGUUAAAAACUUGUCUGGCUUCAGAAACAGCACUGAAAAGGUUAGAAGGCAAAACCCCCAUUUGGGUCAUUACGUAAAGUGGGUGUGGAUGAAAACUAAAUUUCCCUUUUACCUCACUCCUGAGACUUCAAAUAUUCCAACAGAAAACUGUAAGAACCAGCAAGAGUGUAUUUAGCCUUCCGUUCAGACUCCAUUAACCUUUAAAGAAGAGAAAAAUACUGAUUUCUAUUUGAAAUUAUUCAGUGAACUGUUAUUUGAUUAUUAUUUUUUUAAAGUGGAAUUAGCCAAGGUAUUUAAACUGCAUAAUCUAGUUCAUGUAUUGCAACUUAAAAAAUAAGCAAGAGGGCAAAAGUUACUUCUCUAGCCUGUAGUUACGGUUGACCUUUAACUCUGGAGACAAGAAAAAUGCAGCACACAUACAUGUAUUCACUUAGAAACUUUAUUUAAUACAAAUAUGACCACAAGCCACACUUUGUUAGCUUCAUUAGGCCUGGAUCUUUUUUCUUCCUCAUACCAUGUAUUUUGUUCUUUAAACAUACUUUAAACCACAUUUCCAUACAAAUCAAACACAGCAUACACUAGGUAUUCCUGUUGGUCAGACACAAUCAAAUAGCAAGCGGUACCUCCAAACAGAAUGAAACAAACAGUCUCACAAAAGUUCAGACACUUUAUAAGAAAUAAAAGAAAAAGGCAUCGAAGACAGAAGAAUGUGAUGAUCAGCAGAUCAUUUGCCAGCAACAGAACAAACAUAUAUAUACACACACACACACUACAUAUCCCAGGAUCAUAGAGAACGAAGUGUGAUUCUUCACACACAAGAUGCUUUACUUUCAUAGAAAGAAUGGAAUUCAUUUUGUUAAUCAUAAGAUAUACAUCUAUUUGACUUUACCAAACAAGCAAAUAAAUCAAAGCAAAACACACAUCUUAAUCAUCACAAAAAACAUAUGCGCUACAUAGUGAAUGCGUAAACACAUCAGCGAAAUAAUGACGAUAAUAGUGACAAUCUAGCCAUGAUCGUAAAUUGUGCUUUUUGUUCCAUUAAAUGGUUUUCGGCU